AUGGAUUUUUCGGCCCUUUUAGCAAAAGAAAUUGCUAAGAAAAAGGCACAGGCAGCUGCCGUUACAAAUCUCAAAACCGAGUCGGCUGAUGGUCCGGGCCAAAAGCCCAAAUCAUACGUUAGAAAGGCCGAGCUCGAAGAACUUCGAGAGAAAGAGUAUCGUAAAGAACAAGAAGCUAAACAAGCGGCAGCUAGAAAACGCCAGCUGGAGCAGGAAUUAGAACAUGAAAGAGAGAAAGAAAAUGAGGCUAAAAGACUGAAGAGGAGAGGCAAUGACGGGUCGAAUUCGAAUAAGUCUGAGACUGAGAGAUCGGAUAGUGAGAUCAUUGCCCGACUGGAAGAACUCAACGAGCCAACUUCAGUCCCAGGAGAAUCUGAAAAGGGUCGGAAAAAUAGGCUUGCCAGGAUAGAAAAGAAAUUAGAAUUACAGGAGCGUCUACGUAAGGAGGAGGAAGAAGAUGCCAGGACCGAUCCUACUAUCGUCCCUCAGGAUAUCAAAGAUAAUGAGCCAAAGGUGUACAUACAGAUGAGAGUAUAUAUCAAGCAACUCCUGCGAAAGUGGGAGUUAUAUCUUGAGCAAAACCAGGAAGAAACAAAAUCGAUCUAUAAAGAGGCUUCUAAAGAUAUCGAAAUUCUAUUAGGCCAUUUACGAAAUAAAUCUCUUUCAAAACAGAUUUUUCCGAGUUUAGCGACCCUGUUGUAUUAUCUUCAGACAAAAAAAUUCCGUGACGCCAAUGAUACUUACAUUCAGCUCAGUAUUGGUAACGUGGCAUGGCCAAUUGGUGUCAUUGGUGUGGCUAUUCAUGAACGAAGUGCUCAAUCCAAGAUUACUGGUAUCCACAACACUUCGUCAGAAGGAUCUGUCCAAAUUGCCCAUAUAAUGAGUGACGAUGAAACAAGACGCUGGCUCACUGCUGUCAAACGCUUAAUAACCUUCUGUGAGAAGACUUCAAAGACAUCCUCAGUAACAGAUUAA